AUGGAGAUUCUCGAGAGGGAAGGUCACAGCGGUCCCCCGUUAGUAGACCAUCUGCCGAUUCCCGAGACGGAGGAGCUGCUGCUCCACCCGCCUCCCGACUUCCACGCGUCGCACGACGGCGCUUUCUCCCCGCAUUCGGUGCGCUCGCCGCGCUCCUCGCCGCUACAGCAGUACCCCUCCCCCCCCGCCAGGCGCGCGCGGGGGUCGCGCGGGCAUUAUAGCGAGAUUAGCGAGGAGGAUUAUAGCGAGGAUGAGGACAACGAUGGGGAUAGCCUUCUGGAUCCGUCCGGCAAGCGAGGGAAGCAACGUCGACCGUUCGAUUUGGAUUUAGAUCGACCCCUGGGGUCGAGUUCGCUUCCUUACCCCUUCUCUCUCCUUUCCUCGUAUUCUCCUUCCUCGCUCUCGUCGCUCUGCUCCGAUGCGAUUUGGCUCAGAUGGCCCGUAAUCGCAGCCGUUGCAGUAAUCAUCCUCGUUAUAAUCUUCCUCACUUCCCCUGCAGCAGUGUCCCCCACCACAACUACACCCCCAUCGGACGGCUCAGAUUCACUCUAUCCGUCUGAUCUGGACGGCACAGGAACCGGUUCAUCGCGAGAACCUAGAGGUUACCAUCCCUUACCAGUCGACUCGUUUAAAGGCGUAGACGCGUCCACGCUAGAUCCGUCAACGUUCCCCUCAGGCGGACGGGGAGCGGGGGGAGGUGACUGGGGAACCGGCGCUGGCGGAAACUGGGGUGGCGGAAAACCGGGGGAAGACCCGCAGGAGGGGCUGUAUCCGGACGCGAAGCCCGGGCGCGGAGGGGGGAGAUGGGGAAAAGCGGCCGGGGCGGCAGGCGCGGGCGGCGGGGGACAUUUUGGGGAAGAGGCGGCGGAAGUGGAAGAUUAUAGGGACUCCGCGGGGGUGGGGCGGGAGGGGGAGGUGGUGGGGGGGGAUUUGAAGCGGAAGAGGAGCCGAUUGGAUGACGAGGUGGUGACGUGGCGCGGCGCGCCGUGGAGAUUCGACGUCGGUGAUUGGCUGAGCAGCUGCAAUGGGGAGUCGGGGGUGAUCAAGACCGUGGAGGUGGGUGCUGGGGGGAAUAAGGAGGGAGGUGGGACUGGGGGAAGGGGAGGGUGCGGGGGGAGGGCUUCGAGGGGAGGGAAGCAAGGGGAGGAAUCGGACUGGGUGAA